AUGUCUAUUAGACCAAACCAAAUAAAUACUGACACCAAACAGACAGCUAACAAUAUUCUACCCUAUUAUCCUAAUCCACAAUAUGGAUAUAGAUCAUCAUCGUCAUAUUAUCCAGGAUAUAUGGACCCUUAUAUGUAUCCUUCACCUCCAUAUAAUAAUAAUUCAGAAUAUGCUAACUAUCCAAUAAACGAGUACGGUCAAAUGACAGGAGGACCUACAUAUUUUCCUCCUAUUGUCAAUCAACAUCAAUCGGGAUAUUAUAUAUAUCCUAGUUAUGGACCCAAUGGAUCAUCCGGUGCAACUUAUAUGUAUCCUUCAAGAAAUGAUCCAAUAUAUUAUCAAGAUUAUUAUUAUCAUCAUCCGAAUUCUUAUCCUGGUUAUGAAACAGCAAGACAUGAAUAUUUACCCCCAUUACAUCAACAUCGACCUAUUUCAACUCAAUCUGUUGCUUUACCAGUUGAAGAUGAUUAUGAACAAUUUAAUGUUAUUGAUUUGACUGGUCGUAAUUUAUUACCAUCGAGAUCAACUGAAAGAGAUACUAAACGAAGGAAUAGACAUCAUAAUAAACUUAAAAAAAGAUAUGGUUAA